UUUUUUUUUUUUUUUUUUUUUCGUUUUCGAAAAAAAUCUUUUCAGAAAUGCGUCCGGCCCCAAAUGUGGACCGUAUGGUCUUGUCAUAUGCACGCAUCGAGGGCGCAACAGGACUUCAACUGAUUGCCUCCCAGAUUCCUCCAGACACAGAAGAUGAUGAUGAGAACGACCCUCAAGCUGAAAACGACGAAGUGAUUCCGGAGAGCCCAGAUGCGAGGAUGCAAAAUCCAACGACCAAGGAAGGUUGUUACCCAGGAGGAUCCGUUUCUCAAGAGAAGCACCGAUUUCGGUGGAUGAAGGAUCGGGACGACGAGAGAGGAUCGCCGUGGAAACGUCGUCCCUGCAAUACUAGUGUCGGUGGUCCCGACACACCUUACCGGAGCUCUACCAGUUUCAGGUCAGUGAUGCCUCCCAGAAAGAGGGGUCGAUGGCCAGCGAAUCUUGGCGUGAAGCGUGUUAAUAACACGGUGGAAGGAAUGGAGAGCGAUGAGGGGGCUGAUGAGCUGGCAGAAGACGAUGCCAAGAUGCGGUCGGACAAUUGCGAUGAGCCUGUCAACUGCAGUUUGCAUUCGCCUGCGAGGUCGUCACGGUACCUGCACACAGGGAUUGGGAGAGAGAGGCUUUGGGAGGAAGGGAGAAGGGCCUCUGCUCAACGAUCCCUGGACUGGGGAGAAGACGACAAACCGGACAUAGGAGAUCGGGAUACUGAUGCUAAGGGGUCUUUGAUACUAGAAGGGCAUCCUGCUGGAAAAGCGCAGCCGAAAGUGGGACAUCAGCGCGCUGCCGUCCCCUCGGCAGACGCAGCAAAGCUGCAGGAAAGCGUCCUGGGAGCAAGGAGGAAGCAGGAACGAAGUCCUUCGCCUCGGAAGUAUGCAGCAAUUUCCGAGGAUCCGGUUGCAGAGUGGGAGAAGGAGAGGGAAAGGGAAAUUCUCAUGAGCGGUGUGAGAGUGUGUCCUCCCUGUCCCAAGAGUUCGUCGAGACCCCUCUUUUGGGCCAGUGAAGAUGCAAGCGAUACAGAGAGCGGGGAACUUGAAGUCCCUCUCACACACCCAUUGCCAGGAACACACUUCAAGAGCGUUACUACAUUGAACAGCAUGAUGGGAUCUAGAGGCAGCAAGGAGGCUAGAAUUCAGUCACUUGUGCGAAAUGGGCGACGGUCACCAAUUGCAGCUAGGAGCGCAGCUCAGCCCUCCCUGCAGACGCCAUUGAAGAGUGAGGAGAAUGUCAGCAAAACCUUUCUGAAGCGGAAGGAAAAAGAGUCGUGUAGGGAUGAAACACUUGUGGCAAGGGAUGAAAGGCUUCAAGCGAAGAAGAAGCUGCCUUUCAUAGAUGCUUGCGUGACAGAUGACGAGAAUAUGCCGGCGGAAGCUGCUGGUGGAAAAGACGCAGAGCGAUGGGAAAGCAGUGGGCGGGUUGGGAAAAUUAAGAACUGGAUGAAUCGUAGGUCCAGAUGUGGAGGUGCAGGCUCUGAGAACAGUGCACCUGGCAACCAGCAGAGUGAGAUGCUGGAGUCUACAGGGGAUGGCGAUUGUAGAGACGCGUCUGGAGUGCAAGGGCAUAACAGAAACACUGUGAGCAUGGCAAUGGAUACAGAGGCGCAGAGGCCGCAGAAGGAGAAAGAAGGAAAGGAUAACGGAAGAAGUGCUGUGAUGCGUCGUGACGAUUUUGAUCAGGGUUGCUCUCUGAGAACCACUGGAGCUCGUGAGGGAGUGUCGGGUGGAAGAUGUGCCAGCGGUGGAAUCACAAGUGGUGACAUCACUGAUAUGCAGGAGAAGAGAGAUGAAGAGAAGGUUGGGAAUGCAGAGAGAGAGAGGGAGCCACCCCUUGCAGUCAAGGGUGCCGGAAAACGACUGAGACCUGGGAAGGCAAAGCAUGGAAGUUGUAAGAACAUGGUUAAUUGUGAGAAUGACUCUGCUUUGUGCCAAAGCGGUGAAAGGAAAGGGCCGGGAGGUGCUCCCUUGGACAGUGCUUGCGACAAAAAUGGAGGGGUUCAUCGAUCCGGCAACGGUAGCACUGCCGCCAAAGCUGGUGAAGAUGCAGCUCCAGCAUGUGUGUUCUGUGGCCAAACGGGGAAAUCGCCUGUUGCUGGCGCUUUGCUUUUUCACAAAACAUCAAGGCAAUGUUGGCGUUCAUCGUUUUCAAAACAUGGCGAUGAUGACGAACAUGGCAUCCCUGGUGUGUAUGUGCACCGCUUAUGUGCCACCUGGGCCCCAAAUGUGUACUACAAGGGUGAUGAGUUCUGUAAUCUGGAGGCAGAGGUGAAUCGUAGCCGAAGGAUCAGAUGCGCUUUGUGUUCAAAACCUGGUGCAGCGCUUGGUUGUUUUCUUCAAAGAUGCCCAAAGAGCUACCAUUACGAGUGUGCGUUUUCUUCCGCUGGCUCGCGUUUCGACAAGAGUCACUUUGUUAUGUACUGCCCUGAGCAUGGGAGCAUGAGCUUCCCAUGGGAGUCGGAGGAGAAGGAAAAGCUUUCAUCCAGAAAAGGGAAGGAUGAGCGUAUUCCGAAGCGAAAGAGGUUGCAAGAAGUUGAGGCUACCAAACUGGAUGAUGGUUUAGGCGCCAAGAAGGGCCUAUGUCGAGACGCGUCACUUGUCUCUGCUCAGUCAUUACCCCUCUCAUUGGGUGCAGCCGUCUCCUCUCCAUCGCAGUCAGACCAAAGCAUUGUUCUGUGUUGCUCCGGACUGGACCCCAAAGAAAAGGAGCUGGCCUUGAAAGUUGCAUCCGUGACAGGGAGUGGCUUUGUGAAACAGUGGUCGCCUGCUGUGACGCACCUUGUAGCAGGCAUAAACACUCGGAAGCGUGCAAAGCGCACACUGAAGUUCAUGUUUGCUGUCCUUCAUGGACAAUGGGUACUCAGUCCUCAAUGGCUGGUUGCCUGCAAAGAGGCUGGCAAACGCGUUGCCGAAGAACCAUUUGAAGUUAUCGGCGAGUUGCAUGGAACCACAGGCGGGCCCUCACAAGGCCGUUCCACUGCCAUGCCUAAAAUCAUGAUAGUUUAUAAUGGUAUUGUAACUGUGAAGCAGCCGAGGAGGCUGUCUUCAGAUGCAGCUGAGGGCGGAAACGCAUUCUGCCAACAAGGUUUGAAUUCUGUGUCACCUGCGGUCUCUCGAUGGAAGGGAGCUGAAGCCUUAGCACACUCACUUGGAGCCGAUGUUGUUGCUGUGUCCCAUAUGUGGUUGCUGGACACUGCUUCCAUGUGCCAGCUCAGAGACGCAGCUUUGUACAGUGGGCCACCAUGUUCCAGGUGAUGACUCAUUCAUUCCAUCAACACUUACGAUCAGGAAUCAGACUUUGGGUAAUGUUAAACCACGAGUACAUUGAAGCUUCUUGUUGAGCAGUGCGUGCGUCCCCUGGAGCGGCAAGUUUUGCCGAAUGUCCGCGGGGCGGCGUGGGCUAGCUGCUUUCUCUCUUCUUUAGGGCCGAGCCUCUGCACUUUUCGAAAUGAGCGAAUUUUGUCUCGCAAGUUUUUGCCGGGGGCAAUGUACUCGCGGCUUAACAAGGCGAUUAGAAACCGUAUGUAAUCCAAAGUGUUAAACAUUACCGACCAGAAGAGUAGAGGGGAAUGGAGGCACAAAUGAAUGAAAUCUGCUCUGCACCCAGGAUUGAACUCUGUCUCAAAUUUCAAUCACUGUAUAUCUUGGUGGGUGGGAGCUGCAGCCUUAGCGUAUGCUCACGGGAGGGAGAAUGUCGCUUCUGUUCCGCUGUGGUCGCUGGACUGUACUUCUGGACUGUACUUCUAUGUAGUACAGAGCAGAAAGAUAGCAUUGUACAAAAGACCAUCGUGGUCGAGAUGCUGUUGAAUACACUUUCCAUCAGGGAAGUAAUGUUAACAAAAAUAACAAGCUGAUUACAUCAUGUCCUUGUUCCGCAUCAGCCUUGAGUCUGACUCUACAGAGUAGGGUACUGCUGCAUUAGGGCAUGCCAUGUCUUGAUUGCAUCAUGUGCUUGUUCUCAGUAUGCGAGGGAGGAGGUGAGUCUCUGCGCUGGUGCUAAUGAGCAAUCUUCCGUGCUGGGAACAGAGGUAGAUUACUGUCAUGUUGGGCUAAAUCCCCCCUCUUCCCUUCUCCUCUUCCCUCCAACACUCCCUUCCCCCCUCCUCUCUCUUUCUGCUUAGUUAGUGUGCCUACACUAAAGUCACAAUUUGUGCUUGUGGCUGUAUUUGUGGACACAUGAGGAGAGGAUUAGGCCAUGGCAUCUCUUGAUUGCAACAUGUGCUUGUUCCCAGUGUACGAGGGAGGAUUUGAGUUUCUGAAUUGGCGCCAAUGAGCAAUCUUCCCUGCUGGGGACAUGAGUAGAUUACUGUCAUGUCUGGGCUAAAUCCUCCUCUUUCCCACCUCCUUUCCCCCCCCUUCCCCCCUUCUCCUCUCUCUGCACAGUAGUAGAUACUAGGAUGAAGAGUGUGUAUACACUAAAGUCACAACUUGGGCCUGUGACUGUAUACACUAAAGUCACAACUGAUGUACAGGUCAACCGUUCUUGUAUGCGGCAUGGAGCCAUUCUUCCAUCUAGACGGGCUCCGCAUCACAGUAGUUCGCCGAGCACAUUUUCAGUCGAUGAAUCUUUCUUUGCUCAUAUCGUGGUACAAAAAGGGGACCUGGAGGAGGUUCAGUGCCGUUGCCAAACGCGACUCUUUGAGUUGCGGUAGUGGCAGGGGUGUGCUUUGCUAAACACAAUUAGGUUCUUGCAAAGGGGCUGCGAGUUUUUGGGGCAGUAUGGCAAAAAAGGAAGUGGGCUGGGAUUGUAUGGCAAGCCAAUGGUUUAGCUCUUACAGCCGAGGUUUGGGCAAGCCGAUGGUUGGGCAAAAGGCUUUUUUUUUUUUUUUUUUUUGUUGGGCAAAAGGCUAGUGACUGCUAGUUAAAAAAACUAGGUUUGUGGAUAUGAUCUUUUCACAGCAGAAUAUUACAUGGCUGUUCGCAGCAUUUCGGUGAUGAUAUUGUGAAAUGCCUCAGCAUCUGCUCACCAUGAUCCUGAUAGCACUUACUUGAAGCUGCGAUUGGGUUUACGACCUUCGUAGUCGGAGUGCAAUAGGUACGCAAUGCAUGCAUGCAUGGAAGAAAGUGAGGGUGGAGUUUGCAUGCUCAGCUGUGGAUGGAUGGAUGGAUGAAUCAUGUUCUGGAUGUUCAUUUUCGAUGUCAUCAACCUGCGCCAUGGAUGGAUGAAUCCUGUAGGUAUGCACUGCAUGGGUGGGAGAACGUUGCGCAGAACU